GUUAUACUGAAUGUUUAUAUAAAUUUUUUAAUCAUGAAUGCAUUAAAAUUAAUAAGUUUAGUACUGUUUGACUAUUUGUUUAGUGCAACGUCUCCAAUUGUUGAUGUUAAAAAUGGAUCAUUAGUAGGUACAGUAAUGAAAUCAAGACAUGGUCGUAGUUUUUUUGCAUACAGAGGUAUACCUUAUGCUCUAUCACCAAUUGGGGAUUUACGUUUCGAGCCACCACGUCCAGCUGCUGGUUGGAGUGGAGUAAGAUCAGCAAGAUAUGAUGGAAGCUCUUGUACGCAAAAAUAUAAUUUAAAUAAUCAUGAAGAAAUAUUUGGAGAUGAAGAUUGUCUUUACUUGAAUGUAUACACUCCAAAGCUACCAUCAUUAAAUCAUGAAAAUAAAGAAACAAGUUUACCAGUAAUGAUUUGGUUACAUGGAGGAGGAUUUGACACUGGAACAGGUCAUUCAUUAUUUUAUGGACCGAAAUUUCUGCUUGAUCAUGAUGUAGUACUUGUCUGUGUUAACUACAGACUUGGAGCCCUAGGAUUUCUUAGCACAGAGGACAUGAUAAUACCAGGUAAUCAAGGCUUGAAAGAUCAAGCUCAAGCAAUAAGAUGGGUCAAUGAAAAUAUUGGUGCAUUUGGAGGUGAUCCAAAUCGUGUUACACUGUUUGGACAAAGUGCUGGUGCUGCUAGUGCAAAUUUACACAUGAUGAGUGGUCUUUCAAAAGGCUUAUUUCAUCGUGUUAUCGGGCAAAGUGGAACAGCUAGAUGUCCCUGGGUAUAUAAUGCACCAGGAUUAUCAAAAAAAUAUGCAAAAAAACUUGGUGAAUUUCUCAAUUGUCCAACUGAUAAUUCAACAAUACUAUUGAAAUGUCUGAGACAAAAAAAUUCAGCUGAUAUUGUAUUGACAGAUAAAAAAUUUGAAAAUGAUGAUUAUUUUUCAUUGUCACCCAAACCAGUCAUUGAGGCUGAUCAUCCAGGUGCUUUUUUAACAAAAGAACCAGUUGAAUUUAUAGAUAAUGAAAAUUGGAAUGAUAUUCCAUGGUUAAUGGGAGUUAAUUCACAUGAAGGAGGUUAUCCAAUUGCUGUAAAUGAGGGAAAAAAUAAUGAUUUUUUAAAAUUAUUAAAUGACAACUGGAUUAAAUUGGCACCACAUGUUUUUUUAUAUGCACAUAUUUGUCCAAAAGAAUAUCAAGAAGAAAUGAGUAAAAAAAUACGUCAAUUUUAUUUGGAUGACAAAAAAAUUAAUGAAUCAACAAAAUUUGAUGUUAUUACGGCGUUGAGUGAUGGAGUUGGAUUUGCCUAUGUUGAGAUGAGUGCUAGAGAUCAUUUUAGAAAAAAAAAUAGUCCAGUAUAUUAUUAUCAUUUUGCUUAUAAUGGAACAGCAACAAUGGGAAAACGUCUUGGUAAAUCAACAAGUGAUUAUGGUGUUAUUCAUGGUGAUGAAUUGCAAUAUUUAUUUCCACUUGGUGAACGUUUUUUCGAUGAUAUUAGUCUCACAGCAGAGGACAAUAAAAUGAUUGAUAUUUUAACUGAACUUUGGUUUAAUUUUGCAAAUACUGGAAAUCCUACUCCAGAGAUAACGAAAAAAAUUCCAAUUAAAUGGACACCAGUAGAGAGUGAAGAACUUGAAUAUUUAUUAAUUGAAAAACCAAAUGAACUUGUAAUGUCAAAAAAUCUUUACCCGGAGAGAAUAAAAUUUUGGCAAUCAUUUCCACAACUUAGAUGGACAUUUGAAUCAAAUAGAAAUUUUAAAAUAAAAGAUGAGUUGUAAAUAAAUUAACGUGACAAUGUAAUUAUAUAAUUAAAAAUUUACGAAAGCAGAAAAAAGAUAAACAUGUUUGUUUAAAAGUUGAAAAAUAUAUUUUUAAAAACAAAUUUCAUGAUAUUAUGGUUCUAGUAUUUACACAACAACAAAAUAUAAUUAAUUUUAAAUUUAUUUUACAUAUAUUAAUAUUAGUUUUAUAAAAAUAAAUUUUCAAAUAACAAUAUGUUAUAUUAUCAAAAUAUAUUUUAUGAAAAACAAAAUAUUUUAUUUAUUUUUAUUUGUUAUAUAUUAAACAAAGAAAAAAAAAUUAAUUAUUUAUUAAAUAAUAAAAUUUGGAUUGAUGUUUUAAAA